GAGAAACUCAUCCAGCAAAACCACGCGUGCGUUCGUUCCUCAUGCUGCCGCGAGAUCCAUUCUACAGAAGGCCCAUCCAGACGUUGAGCUUCCAUCCACAUCCAUUUUGGGGGCAGCCCACCAGUCAUGUGGAUUGGUGUGAGGCCAACUAUGUUCACACACGCUAUGUGGCUGAGUUCUUCAAUACCAUGUCUUCCAUUCCAAUGUUGGUGGUCUCCAUCUGGGGGCUCUAUUUGUGUUUCAAGUACCAACUAGAGCUUCGUUUCUACUUGUGCUGGCUGGGCAUUGGUGUGGUGGGCAUUGGAAGUGUGGCCUUUCAUGGCACACUACAUCCCACUGGCCAAGCCAUUGACGAGCUGGGCAUGAUUUGCGCAUCCUUGGCCUUCCUUUAUGUGGUCCUUGAGAUUGGUCAUCUCGAGGCUCGGCGUCCAUGGCUUCCAUGGGUCGAACUCCUCUAUGCUGUGGCCUUUGCCAUCGCUUACUUCACAUCUCCGUUUUUCUUCCCCAUCUUCGUGGCCAUUUACGCAUGCACGGUGCUUCUCAUCAUUCAUCAAGCCUAUCGUGUCUAUCAACACUACCAAAAGGAGGAGAGCGCCUCUGCGGUGUGGCAAAGAUGUUUGUUCUGGACCGCUGCUCUCGGCUAUCCUGGUGGCUUCCUGUUCUUGUGGGUUCCCGAAAACGCGCUGUGCCCCUUCUACCCGGAGAUCUUUCAACGCUUGCAUUUACAUGCGCUUUUCCACAUCGUUACCACCAUGUCCCCUUACUGUUAUGUGGUGUUCAUGACCUACCACCGGUGUCUCAUGCUCAAGCGCGAUGCGGAGCACCGCUUGGGGGCGGGUUUAGCGUAUAUUCAUGUCAAAGAAGCUGCUUAAGACUUGUGUCAACCAUUUCUUCAGACACACCGAGCUGGGUGUCUUACCAGAGCUUCUCAGCGUCAUCCAGCACCCAAAGAAAGUGCAGCAGAGAAAAGCAAGCGAGACAAGGAAGGGUGGAAGCGUCCGAUAACCAGGUACAUUCAGAACUCAAGGGGAGUUGUGCUAGUGCUAGUAUCGUUCCG